AUGAUUGCAACAACUUUCCUCUUAGUUGUUGUAGUGACUUGCAUCAUUUUAUAUUACCUCCGUCCAAAGGGAUAUCCAAAAGAGAAAGAAGGUGAAUGGAUAGGUGAGGCCAAACCUGGAGAGACUCGUAUACUUAGAGGGUAUAAAGGAGUAGAAAAGGUGACAGACUACACUCCACAAGGCAAUAACACCAUUGCUGAUUUAGUGAACAGUUUUUCUAAAAAGGAUAAAAAGGAGUUUAUUGGCUAUAGAGAACAACUUGAGAAAGUUUCGGUGAAGAAAUAUACAGUGAAUGUCAAUGGUAAAGAUGUUGAAAAGGAUAUAUAUAAGUACAAGAUGUCUGACUAUAAAUGGUUUUCUUCAAUUGAAUUUUAUCACCUAAUAUGCAGACUCUCGGCUGGUAUACGCCAUAUAGGCUUUAAAAAAGGCGACAAAAUUGGGAUGUUCUGUGAGACUCGAUAUGAGUGGAUGGCAUUAUCUCUUGCCUGUGCAAGACAAGGAAUUCUCGUAGUAACAGUCUAUUCUACAUUAGGAGAAGAGUCUGUUAAAAUUGCACUUGAAGAGACGAAGUGUAAUGGACUGAUAGUUUCUGGAGACACUUCAGAGAAGCUAGAAAAGAUCAUUCCCGACUGUGCUGGUGAUGAUUUCAAAGUGAUUGAUAUCGACUAUGAUGGCGCCAAUAAACCAUUGGGUACCAAGUCAUACAAAGUCACCAGUUUUAAAGCAUUAAGCCAAUCUGAAGAAGAUGAAAGUAACACUCCAAGUGUUACAAGUGAUGACACUGCCUUUAUCAUGUACACUUCUGGGACAACGAAAAGUCCAAAAGGCGUGUUAGUUGGACAGAAACAAAUCCUUCUCUUUGCCAAAGCUUAUAAUGACUCCCUUGAUUUAAAAGAAGAGGUGUUACCAGCCUAUUUACCAUUGGCUCACAUCUUUGAAUUAUGUCUAGAGUUUGGAGUGAUGUCUAACCUUGGUUCUUUGGGCUAUGCAAAUCCGCGCACUUUAUUAGGGAAUUUCUGUCUUGAUUGCAAAAGCGAUUUGAUUGCUUUACAGCCGACUUUUGUGAUAGGAGUACCGACGGUAUUUGGUCGAGUGAGGAAGGCCAUAUUAGAAAAUUUGUCGAAUGCCCCACAAGCAAAACAGAAGCUGUUUUAUGGGUGCAUGAAGUUGAAAAAACGGAUGUAUAUUAACUAUAACAUCUGCCCUCCUUAUUUAUUCAUGCCAUUAUUACAUGUGAUAGACACUGUUGUUUUCAAAGGUGUGAAGGAGUCGAUAUUUGGUAAAAAGAUUAAAAUGUUAAUCACUGGGGGGUCUGCCCUCCCAACUGAACUUCAAACCUUUUUGACUCUUAUCCUCCCAAAAGUGAGUGUAGUACAAGGGUUUGGAAUGACUGAAUUGUGCGGAGCGUCAAGCUGUAUGCCACCGGGAGAUGCUACAACAUCAACUAUUGGAUUACUCUUUUCACAUUAUGAAGCGAAGUUAAGAGAUGUGCCCGACUUGAAUUACUUCACUAAUAUGAAUCCACCUAAAGGAGAGUUGUUGAUUAGAGGCCCUCCAGUGUCAAAAGGCUAUUUCAAUCGACCGACUAUGACUAAAGAAACAUUCACUGAAGACGGAUGGGUGUGCACGGGGGAUAUCUGUAUGAUCACGGAGAACCAUCACUUGUGUAUUAUAGACAGAAUGAAGAACAUCAUUAAACAACCCUGUGGGGAGUAUAUCAGUCUUGAAUUGGUUGAGUCCAAUUACACCACUUCAAAAGUGGUUGAUACCAUUUGUGUGUUUGCGGAUGCAUUCCACGACUUCACUGUCGCUCUAAUUCUGCCAAACAAAAAGAUUGUCGAGGAAAUUGCAGGGGGGAAAAGUUAUGUCGAAGCUUGUCAAGACAAAGACGUGUGUGAGAAGGUCAGAGAAAUUAUGAGGAACAAUGAAACAGGACUCAGCAAUAAGGAAAUUAUUAAACACAUCGCGUUGGUCAGUGACGAGUGGAAUCCAGAAAAUGAUAUGCUAACAGCAGCCCUUAAACUGAAAAGACCAUCAAUUGCUAAGAGAUAUAGUGAAGUCAUCGAGGGACUCUUUGCAUUGAAUUGA